AUGGGACAUCGAAAAAAUGAGGAAGAAUCAAGCACUGAUGAAACUGCUUCCGUAAGAGAAGCAGACAAAAAGCGGAGAGCAAGUGCAGCAGCCGAAACUUUAAUGACCACUGCACGAGAGGAUAGAACUCGGCAGAUCCAGGAAAGAAGACGUCGGAGAAGUGCUGAUAAAAUAUAUGCUCUGAAAUCACGUCAGGAGCAUGUAAACUUGCCUGUUACGGUAACGCAAAGUAAACGAAACAGUUCACCUCGAAACCCUACAGCGUCUGAAGUAUCCAAGACUACAAAUCAGGAGCCAAAAAUGAGUCAUGCAACAGGAGUCCAAACGUCUUCUGGGUCAUCUUCUCGGUCACAUCAUCAGCCGGGAGGAAAUUCAAGCGGAAGUACGUCCCAUCAUUCUUCCCAUUUGAGACCGUCCUCAACAAUGGGAUCAUCAAGCCGUUCGGGAGGUCGACGACCCGUAGAAGAUCCGCACGUUGGAAAAUAUAAAUUAUUAAAAACAAUUGGUAAAGGAAAUUUCGCAAAGGUUAAAUUAGCAAAACAUACCAUUACGGGUCAAGAAGUCGCAAUUAAAAUUAUAGACAAAACUGCCCUUAAUCCCAGCAGUUUACAAAAGUUAUUUCGAGAAGUAAAGAUAAUGAAACAGUUGGAUCAUCCGAACAUAGUAAAGCUCUAUCAAGUGAUGGAAACGGAACAAACAUUGUAUUUAGUCCUGGAAUAUGCCUCUGGCGGAGAGGUGUUUGAUUAUCUGGUUGCUCAUGGAAGAAUGAAAGAGAAAGAAGCAAGAGCCAAGUUUCGGCAAAUUGUUUCUGCUGUUCAAUACCUUCAUUCUAAAAACAUCAUCCACAGAGAUUUGAAAGCAGAAAACCUACUUCUGGACAAUGAUAUGAACAUAAAAAUUGCAGAUUUCGGGUUUAGUAAUCAGUUUUCGAUAGGUAAUAAGUUGGAUACUUUCUGCGGUUCUCCUCCAUAUGCUGCACCAGAACUCUUUCAAGGAAAGAAAUAUGACGGCCCUGAGGUGGAUGUGUGGAGCUUGGGAGUAAUAUUAUACACACUGGUAUCCGGUAGUCUUCCAUUUGAUGGCCAAAACUUGAAAGAAUUGCGAGAAAGAGUCCUACGGGGGAAAUAUAGGAUUCCAUUCUAUAUGUCGACUGAUUGCGAAAACCUUCUCAAAAAAUUUUUGGUACUUAAUCCUGCUCGACGAGGGACUCUUGAAACUAUAAUGAGAGAUAGAUGGAUGAACAUUGGGUAUGAAGAUGAUGAGUUGAAGCCAUACAUGGAACCCGCAAAAGAUCAGAUAGAUGACACACGUAUUGAAAAGCUCAUUCAAUUGGGUUUCAACAAAACUUCCGUUCUGGAUGCUCUAGAGAAGGAAAAGUUUGAUGAUAUUCACGCCACCUAUCUCUUGUUGGGAGAGAGGAAAAACGAUAUGGAUGCAAACGAUCUUGCUUUGGCUCAACAACAGGUCACCCUGUCGACACAUAAUGUGUCUGCUGGCAUUACAUCCGGAAUUCCUUCCGUUGUACAGUCGCCUUCCAAAUCUUCGAGAGCAACUACCCAGAACCCAACUUCUUUGACUUCUGCCAAUCAGAGCAGUACCAGCAAAUCUUCCUCAAGAAGAAGUAGUCAGAAUGAUGCAUCAAGUCCUGGUCAGGCUGCAACUACACGUCAACCUGUCCAACUCCGUCAGACUCCCGGAAAUCGAGCUCCCGUACCAUCUGCUCCUUAUGCUUACUCUCAAACCGGCAACACCGAUGCCAACGUUAAUAAAAGUAACACUCCUUAUCUAUUUAACAGAGGAGGGAAUUCCUCCUCUGUGACUGUAAGUGGACGCAAAACGAGUGAUCCGAAAGGUCGAGCUCUCUUAAAUGCUAAUAUCAGAAAUACAGGACAGAGAACAGAACCUUCUGGCGUAAGAAUAAAUGCAUCAUAUCAAACAGGGGUGCCUGCUUCUGCCUCAAUGGUCAGUAAGCUUCCUGCUCCUACCAAUCAUAGCAGUGCCACCCCGGCUUUGAAGUCUCCAGCCAUCUUGGCUCAAAAUACUAAUCCGUUACAGAAAUCUGGAUCUCAGAUUUCUCAUGCUCCUACUGAGCCUGUUAUUAAAGAAGAAGUUAAUGAAAAUAACGAGUUGCCUUCCGCUAGUGCUGACCAGAGUUCUGCUCCUCAUCUGGGGGGUAUGAAUCGUUCGAAUGAGGCAAUCACCGAGAGUCAAGGAGCAAAAGAGAGCAGACCUUCCACAUUACAUCAAAGUCCUUCAAUGCCUCCUUCAAUCAUAAAAGCAAUGGGAGAAUUGGCAAAUCAACAGGAUGCCCAGAAAAUGACAAAGUCGACAACAACUCCUCUUAAUCAACCAACACAAGCAAUUAACCAGCAAUAUCCUGCUAGUGAAUUGGUUCAGUCAUCAAUUCCAUCGGAGCGAAUCCCAUCUUCUAACACAGCUUUUCCUCGAAACACGAGGAACCGCCAAACAUUUCACGGAAAAACCGACUAUGCAAAGAAUGCCGCCGAUGACGAAGAAGAUGAAGUAGAACAAACCGUUGCUAAUCAGUCGAUGGGUAAUGGUCAGAAGGGUGGAUUUUUCUUGAAUAAACUAAGUAAAUUGGCCAGACGGGGGCCCAAUAGUGACGUACAAAAUGUUGGUCCACCAAAUUCCGCUGGACGUGCAGGCACGAUAGGUCCUUCUGCUGGUGCUCCAAUUGCAAACGCUUUGUCACAAAUUCGGGAAAGCCAGCAACCACCCACUAGCCCGCAAACUGCAGCUGUUCCAUAUAGAGACGAAGAAAUAAAGCCUAGAAGUUUGAGAUUUACAUGGAGCAUGAAAACAACUAGCAGCUUAGCUCCUGACGAGAUAAUGAAAGAAAUUAGGAAAGUUCUUGAUUCGAACAAUUGUGAUUAUGAACAAAGAGAACGAUAUUUAAUACUUUGCGUGCAUGGAGACCCGAAUGCAGACUCGUUGGUUCAGUGGGAGAUGGAGGUGUGUAAGCUGCCGCGAUUGAGUCUGAAUGGGGUGAGGUUCAAACGAAUUUCUGGAACUUCAAUCGGUUUCAAGAAUAUUGCCUCAAAGAUAGCACAAGAACUGAAUCUGUAA